AUGCAUAUCCAGUCCAUACUGGAUGCCUGGCGAUUGUGUUCGAAAAGACAACUAUCUAAGGAUUUGAUACAGAACCAUAAGCCCAUCGUGCGGAAGCAUCUGAUUCAGCAAGAAACUGAGUCAUGCUUGGGGACACACGCGUUGCACAAUCCUGAGCAAUCCACUGACAAGAACGGAAAUCCGGUAGAACCCUUGCUGAGGGCUCGAGCGCUUCAAGGCCUACCACAUCAGGCAUCGGGAGGCUCGAAGAUACGGCCAGCAAGUUUUACACCAUGUCGAUUUUACAGCAACAACAGGCACAAAUCGUUUGCGUUGACAGCCAGUGAGCAGCUAGCCACAUCGCAAUCCAACUGUUCAAAAGGUCAACCCGAGAGCGCCACUCAGGAUUCAAGAGGUCCGGAAACCCUGACAAGGAGGUCUCAGGCAUCUCACUCUCAUCCCAAUGUUCAGGAGCCUAGCAGUCAGGCGCCUCACCAUGCCGUCUCUACCAGUCGCAUAACGUUCUCGGUGGUCCCUAAGAAAAUAUCUCAGGUCGACUUUCCCGCUGGCCGCAGUGCACCUACCCCGCCCCCUCCUGGCCCGUCGCCUAAGCGAACGGCAGAAGACAGGCGAAGGUCGGAAGCUGUUCUGAAAACACCAAUUCCUUUAUUGAGGAAAUAUGUCUCCACCAAGGUAAUUGAGAAAAUCAAGAAAUCGCCAUAUUAUGUACAUGAUGAGGAUACGAUCGUUCUCAGAUGCCAUCAGCAUCAAAAACAGGAGCGAAAUGAAUCGCUAUGUAACGGACAGCUUUUUCGCUUGCUUGAGAAUGUUGAGAGGGAAAUUGGGUACAGAGAGAGUGUGGGCCAGAUAAAGGACUCGCAGACCGUGAUCGUGUCUGAAAAUGAGACAGAGGCGAUGGCUUGGAACUUGACGAAGUCUUUCAAUAUCAAGAUGAGACAACGAAAGCGAAAAGCUAAGAAGGCAGAGAGCCUAAAAGCUUUAGAAUCACCCGAAAACUAG